CUCUGUUUUCUCCAAGAGAAAAAUGGUAAUGGUUCUCUCUUAUUUUUUUAAGCUCAUUUAGUUUUAUCUAUGCAUUAUACCUUACAAUUGGCUGAUAUUUUUUGCAUACUGGAGAACCUAUGAACCCUAAAGCAUACCCACUAGCAGAUGCUCAGUUGACAACGACGAUUUUAGAUCUUGUACAACAAGCUGCAAACUACAAGCAGCUCAAAAAGGGAGUUAAUGAAGCUACCAAGACCCUGAACAGAGGUAUCUCAGAGUUCGUUGUGAUGGCUGCGGAUACUGAGCCCCUUGAGAUUCUGCUCCACCUUCCUUUGCUUACUGAAGAUAAGAAUGUCCCCUAUGUAUUUGUUCCUUUAAAGCAAGCACUUGGACGAGCAUGUGGGGUCACAAGACCUGUAAUUUCCUAUUAUGUCACAACAAACGAAGGAAACCAAUUGAAAUCCUAAAUACAACAACUCAAGGAUGCUAUUGAGAAGCUCUUGAUCUAGAAUCUUAUGAAAACUCAUUUUCGGUGUGACGGGCCUCUCAGAUUGUGGUGGUCGGUCCUUUAGAGGCUUUGACUGAUGAAGUUGUGCCACAAUUGAACAACUCUUUUAUAAUUUGACCAAUGCAAUUGUUAUGUCGUUUAUGUU